AUGCCAAUGAACACUCAUGUACUGCUUGUCACUGAAACCUGGCUAACCUCUGGUUCUUUCCCUACUAACUGGUCUCAAUUCCACCUCUAUGGCUCUAAAGUACCUGGUGCAUUUAACCGUGGUUCUGGUGGCAUUACUGCCUUUGUCUCUCCUUCCUGUCCUUUCUCUGUCUCUCAACUUCCAUCUUACAAUGCACACACUUUGUCCCUUAAGGUUGGCACCCUUACGGUUCAUUGUGUGUAUCUGCCUCCACCCUUAUCCUCGGAUAAGGUGCUCUCGCUUCUUCGCUCGUUACCCGUAACCAGUGAUACCAUCCUUUGUGGUGAUUUCAAUGCUCGCUUUGGAUCUCUACUGGGUGAUACUAAUGCUAAUCCUCGUGGCACCUCACUACUGCCAUGGCUGGAGGAGUCCUCUUUAUCCAUUCUCAAUGAGUCUUUAGCAUUCGGUACACCCACAUUCACAACCUUUCGACGUCAACAAGAGGUUCAUAGCAUCAUUGAUCUGUUUCUCACAAACAUUGGCGAGGCUGCUCUGUUACAUCCUCAACUGGUGGUUGAAUCUGAUUUGUCUCUUGGCUCUGAUCAUCGGCUGAUGGUACUUACUUUCGAGUAUGUGCCCCCUCCCGAUGAUACUCUUGGUUCUGGUAACUCUGGUGGUUUGGCCCCUAGACGGCAAUGGAAGCUCUCGAAAUUGAGGAAAAAGCGGCCUUUGGGCUUGCUUCGUGAAUCCUUCCGAUCUUCUGUUGCUCCUUUGGUUGGUUCUCUCUCUGGUUUGGUGUCUGCUCCUCCUGGUGUUUGUCCAGAUAUUGAUGCACUCAACGAUUCUUUGAAUCAAUGUUUGUAUGAAUCUCUGGAUAGCUCAAUUGGUGUGAAAUCUGGUCGUCCUGGCCACUGGAAAAAGUACUGGACACAGGAAAUUGAGGAUGCUGCUCGUGAAAGAGAUACUAUGUAUAGUAGAUGGAGGUGGGCAAGUCGUUUUGCCAAAGUCGAAACAUGGAAUCUCUAUCAAGCUGCUCACAGGCGUUUUCGUUCUCUUGUACAAGCUGCUAAGCGUCGAUCGUGGAAUCAGUUUUGCUCUGAUUUAGAAAAGGACUUUUCGAAAGCCACUGCUGCAAUCAAGCGCAUUAAAAGAAACAAGGAAUGCUCUGCAACGUACAGUCAUCCAGACGGUCCAACUGCCUCUGUCAACACAAUGGCGUCCCAUCUUGCCUCAGUCUAUGAUGGCUCUUUGUUGAAUAAUGCGUCUCGCCCUACUGCUCCCCAACAUCUGACAUUGCACCCGUAUUGUCUCUGCUCUUUACACUCUGCUCUCAGUGGUCGUAUACACCAGCUCUAUGGCGACAUGCUCAAGUCUUUCCCCAUUUACAAGAAAGGUGAUGUAUCUGAUCCUGCAAACUUUCGUCCAAUUUCGCUUACUUCGGUGAUGCGUAAAUUGUUCGAAUUCUCUCUGAUGCCUGCUCUUGAUGAACAUUCGCCUGCACUUGAUGUUGCUCAAGGUGGUUUUCGCCCACAGCGUAGUCCUCUGGAUCAAGCCCUCUGUUUACAUGACUUGAUGCACGACUACUUCCUCACCCACCAUCACUAUCCUGUGGUUGCUUUCCUGGACAUCAAAUAG